UUUUUUUCAGUAUUGACGGACUGGUUUAACCCUUGUGGAAAGUGUGAGCCAUUGUGUUUGUUCCAAAAUGGGAAAUUCUUCUUGUGUGCGCUGUCCAGGAUCGGUGACCCCCUGCAGGGGGUCGCAAUUUUUCCGGGGGCUUGGACUGCGGAUGGGACUAACCGUUUUGGCGUUGUUUGUGAGCACUUUUGUGCGCUCUGGCUAUGUCUCUUUUGCAGUAUAUGCGAAGGCGCAGGGUGGAGAAACACCCCCCUCUGAUCCAACGUGUGUGGUUGAAGGAGCUGUGACGAAGUGCACUUGCAGAAACCAGACUGUACAGAACCCAGACGUUACGGCGAUCGUCUCGGAGCAACAAAAUGGUCUGCAGAUUAGCUGCAACGCUACACACUUAAAAUGCGCCCCUGACAAUCUACAGGACAACACAGUCUGUCCUGUGACCAUAACGUCACUCUACGAAUGCAAACAAACUGCGGUCAAAACCGUUACAUCUGUAGAUAUCAACUCCCUUCUUAAUGGUUCCCCAUCUCUACAGUGGCAGAAUGGCGACAGUGUCCCGGACUUUACCUCUAAGAAACUGACCAUUCCGCCUGAAAAUUUCCCCUUCGUGGACGAAAAAUUCAUUGUGGGUUGCAUAGAAGAAGGCAAAAAGGAUAGCAUGAAGGUGGCGGUGACUCUUCAGGCGAGAGCCAGUGCGACGAAGGAGCAAACCGUUACAUGUGCCUUCGGAGUAAAUAGCAACAAAGUACACCAAACCGUCACUCUCUCUCCUGAGAAGAACAGCUUCACUCUCGUAUGCGGUACCGCAGGACAAGUUCUGCCCACUAAAUUUGAUGAAAACUAUUGUGUCACGGCAGAUAAAACGGAUGCGGCAGACUCUUGCACGGAGGCGUACGGGGGCAUUUUACCGAAUUACGAGAAGACGUGGUGGAUGAAAAGCUCCAACGCCAACGAGUACACGUUCAAGAUUCCAGAUGACCAGUUCCCACCAGAGGAGCAGAAGAUUACAGUUGGCUGCCAAAAGAAAAAAAUCAGCGACCCCAACAACCAGACCUCGAGGAGCAACGAGAAGGACUCGAGUGUGUGCACAGUUGAUGUGACGAUUGCGCCCUCUGCAGCUUCGUCUGCCUCCGUGAGUGCCAUGGCUAUUCUGUUGCUCUCCUCUGUGGGGAUAGUCUCGUCAAUUGUUUUGUAG